GGGGGAGCGGCCAGCGCGGGGAGCGCUCCCGGAGCGGCUGCGGGAGAGGGAGGCUCCUGCUCCAGCGGGAGAGCAGCCCUGGAGCGGCAGGAACAAGAUGCCCGUGCAGUUUGAUCUCUCUUAAGAAGAAAAAACCCCGGAGAGAGAAGGAGAAGACCAUGGAUCCUUUGUACUUUCCCAGCGCGGGAUGGGCCCCGGGCGAGGGGAACUCCUCGCUGCUGCCCAACGCGUCGGGGAACGGGACGCGCGCGGGGCCGGCGCCGUUCCCGUACAUCCACAAGGUGCUGAUCCCCGUCUGCUACCUGCUGGUGUGCGCCGUGGGGCUGAGCGGCAACGCCCUGGUCAUCUACGUGGUGCUGCGCCACGCCAAGAUGAAAACCGUCACCAACAUCUACAUCCUCAACCUGGCCGUGGCCGACGUGCUCUUCAUGCUGGGGCUGCCCUUCCUGGCCACCCAAAACGCCAUCUCCUACUGGCCCUUCGGCUCCUUCCUGUGCCGCCUGGUGAUGACCGUGGACGGCAUCAACCAGUUCACCAGCAUCUUCUGCCUGACGGUGAUGAGCAUGGACCGCUACCUGGCCGUGGUGCACCCCAUCAAAUCCACCAAGUGGAGGCGGCCCAGGGUGGCCAAGCUCAUCAGCGCCACGGUCUGGACCUUCUCCUUCUUGGUGGUGCUGCCCGUCAUCAUCUUCUCGGACGUGCAGGAGGAUUUCCAGACGUGCAACAUGAACUGGCCGGAGCCGGUCAACGUCUGGUCGGCGGCGUUCAUCAUCUACACCUCGGUGCUGGGCUUCUUCGGCCCCUUGCUGGUCAUCUGCCUGUGCUACCUGCUCAUCGUGGUCAAGGUCAAGUCGUCGGGGAUCCGCGUGGGCUCCACGCGGCGCCGCCGCUCGGAGCGCAAGGUCACCAGGAUGGUGGUGAUCAUCGUGGUGGUGUUCGUGCUCUGCUGGCUGCCCUUCUACACCAUGAACAUCGUCAACCUGAUCCUCAUCCUGCCCGCCGACCCCGUGCUGGAGGGGCUCUACUUCUUCAUGGUGGUGCUGUCCUACGCCAACAGCUGCGCCAACCCCAUCCUCUACGGCUUCCUCUCCGACAACUUCAAGCAGAGCUUCCAGAAGGUUCUCUGCCUCCGGAAGGGCGAUGCAGCCGAGGAUGGAGACCCCGUGGAGCACAGGCAGGAGAACAGCAGCCGCCUGCAGGAGUCCAUGCUGACCCAGAGGAACGUGGAGUUCAACGGGCACAUGCAGACCAGCAAGGUCUGAGGGCACGGCCUGGCACUGCAGAGUGCCCUGGAGGACUUGGGGACAUCAAUGAGGGCACAGCCUGGCACUGCAGGGUGCCCUGGAGCACUUGGGGACAUCAAUGAGAGGAUGGCCUGGCACUGCAGGGUGCCCUGGAGGACUUGGGGACAUCAAUGAGGGCACAGCCUGGCACUGCAGGGUGCCCUGGAGCACUUGGGGACAUCAAUGAGAGGAUGGCCUGGCACUGCAGAGUGCCCUGGAGCACUUGGGGACAUCAAUGAGAGGAUGGCCUGGCACUGCAGAGUGCCCUGGAGAACUUGGGGACAUCAAUGAGAGGAUGGCCUGGCACUGCAGAGUGCCCUGGAGGACUUGGGGACAUCAAUGAGAGGAUGGCCUGGCACUGCAGAGUGCCCUGGAGCACUUGGGGACAUCAAUGAGAGGAUGGCCUGGCACUGCAGAGUGCCCUGGAGAACUUGGGGACAUCAAUGAGAGGAUGGCCUGGCAAUGCAGAGUGCCCUGGAGGACUUGGGGACAUCAAUGAGGGCACAGCCUGGCACUGCAGAGUGCCCUGGAGGAUUUGGGGACAUCACUGAGAGGAUGGCCUGGCACUGCAGAGUGCCCUGGAGGAUUUGGGGACAUCAAUGAGAACUCAAAAUGAAAAUGUGGAGCUCCAGAAGCUCCAGAUGUACCCAGAGGGCUCUUCCCUGUUUUCCCAGCUGGAAGUGCCAAGCUGCCAUGGUGUCCUGCUGGAUCUGACACUUGGGACCACUUUGGGUCCUCCAGGGAAUGAUUUCCAGGCUUUGUUUCCCUCUAGCCAUGCAAACAGACACUAAGCCAGCUCUAAUUCCCUUGUUAAGCUGGGUUUAAGGCUGCUUUGCAGUGCUAGGAUCAGCUCUGAGCAGCAAACAGCUCAGCUGGGAUUUUUGGGAAUUCUUCAAGGGGAUUUCUGAAAGGAAAAUGAGAUUUCUUCAGAGUUUCAUGCAAAAAAGGUGCCAGCACUGCUCUGACAUGGGUUCUGAUGUGCUGGGUGCUGCCUUUGCUUUGCUUCCCUGUCAUUAACCCAAGCCAGGGAGCCAGAACUGUCAGGAACCCUUCAAACACAGCCAGAAAGGAUGAAAAACCAGAAUUAGGGGAACAUUUUGGAAAGGCAUCAAUGUGCCUGUGACAUUUCCACCUUCCCCCCCUAUGAAACGUGCUGUAACCCCCUUAUUGUGAUGUCAGUGCUGAUGGCUGGGGGGUCCUGGGGAGAUUUUGUGUCCAUUCCCUGGUUCUGAGUGUAAAUCUGGACUCAAAACUGCAUUUUCUGAAAUUAAACCUGGCUCAAUCCCCUCUGAGUGUAAAUGUGAACUCAAAAGUUCAUUUUCAGAAAUUAAACUCAGCUCAAUCCCCUCUGAGUGUAAGUCUGGAUUUAAAACUGCAUUUCCAGACCCGGCUCAAUCCCUUCUGAGUGUAAAUCUGGGCUCAAAACUGCAUUUCCAGAAAUUAAACCCAGCUCAAUCCCCUCCUGACUCGUGCAGUUGGCAAAAGGGUGGGAAAUGACAGAAAAGCUCAAGGCUGGGGCAGGAAAACCUGCCUUGGAAAGAAAAAGGAUUUUCAUCCAUUCAGAUUUCUGGGAAGGAGUUAAAGCUUGGCUUGGGCAGAGCAAAGAACAUUGGAAUGAACCAAAGGAAUGAACCAAGGGAAGAUCAUCCAGGUGGAUAAACCUGAGCCUUGUUUUCCACACUCCCCAAACCAAUCCCACCUUUUUUCCCACUCCCCCAGGUCAGGAUUGGGAUCUCAAUUCCCAGAAAACAGAAAUUCCAGCCAGCCCAUCCAAUAUUCCCAUUGAUAAUGCUGCAACCCAUCUUAUUUAAGGAGCAAAUUUAGAAAAACUCUCAAUGCUCCAGUUCCCAGGAAAAUUCCAGCAGCUCCCUGGGGAAUUGAUGCUUUGGAGGAUUUUUUUUUUACUUUUUUUCUUGGCCCAAAGAAUUUUUUAUUUUCUGGGAGCAUCUCCUGCAGAUCAUCUCUCCCAGUUCCACUCAUCUUUGCUCCACAGGAUUCCCUCCCCAUCCUCAAAAAAUCUUCCCUCAGACCCUCUCUGUGCCCUUGGAAGCUCUGCUGGUUUUUCCCUGAAUCCCAAAUGCCACUCCUGGGUUUUUCCUGGCAGUGGAAUUUUGAGGAGCCAGUUGAGCUGCCACACAUUCCAUCAAAACAUGUCAUCCUUCCACAAAGAAUGACAAAUUCCCGGGAAAAUCUGUCCUCCCAGCCAGCCCCUCCCAGGAAGCUCCAGACAGCAUCGACACUCCCCAAAUCCCUUUUUUUUUUUUUUUUUUUCACACAUUCCAACCCCAAUCCCUCAGCCCCAGGCAUUGAGUGACAUUUUUAAUACCUCGACAGACAAUCCUUCCAAAUUCCAGCUUAUUCAGCUUUUCCUUUGAUUCAUCCAAGGAUUCCAAAUGUUGGCUCUGUGCUGCUGAAAUAAAAAACCACCCACAGGAAGAGAAUUGAAAAUUUGCCCCGUGC